AUGGCUUCACAUCUUCUUCCUUCUUUAGGGUUUUCACCGACUCCACUGAUGCCAGACCAUACGCAGAAUAUGCUUGACAAUGCCGUUGAGACCCCCGGCUCCGAGACGCCAGUAUCCGAGUCUGGGGAUGAUCGCGACAGACAAAUCACCACUCUGGCACGUUCCCUCUCCCAAAUCUCACGUGUAAACAGCAUCCGCAGCAGCCAAUCUUCGCAGGGUGUCAACACCUUCCUUGAUCCUACCAGCGACCCAGAGCUAGAUCCCAAUAGCGACCAGUUUAAAUCGCGCAAAUGGGUGAAGAACAUCAUCCAAAUGACUUCUUGCGAUCCAGACCGGUACCCGCAUCGCACAGCAGGGGUCUCCUUUCGCAACCUCAAUGUUUUCGGCUAUGGCACCGCGGCUGAUUACCAGAUGAACUUUACCAACUUCUGGCUCAAAGGCGCAGGAUGGCUCCACCGUGCCCUUGGCUAUCAGAAGAAAGUACACAUUGAUAUCCUACGAGACCUCGAAGGCAUUGUUCACAGUGGUGAGAUGCUGGUUGUACUAGGGCGCCCAGGAAGUGGAUGUUCAACCUUCCUCAAAACCAUUGCUGGAGAGACGCAUGGCCUCUAUCUUGACAAAGAGAAAGGGUCCGAAGUGAAUUAUGACGGCAUAUCCUGGGACGACAUGCACAGCCGUUUCCGCGGCGAGGUUAUCUACCAAGCCGAGACCGAAACUCACUUCCCUCAGCUGACAGUUGGUGAUACACUGCUGUUUGCUGCUCACGCUCGAGCGCCGAGUAACCGCCUUCCCGGUGUUACACGCGACCAGUAUGCGGAGCAUAUGCGGGAUGUGGUCAUGGCGACGCUUGGCUUGACCCAUACCAUGAAGACCAAGAUCGGCAAUGAGUUCAUCCGAGGUGUAUCUGGUGGGGAAAGAAAGCGGGUCAGUAUCGCUGAGACCACUCUGUGCCGAUGUCCCUUGCAGUGUUGGGACAACAGCACUCGUGGACUUGACAGUUCGACGGCCCUAGAAUUUGUCAAGAACAUCCGCCUCUCCACUGACUAUAGUGGAUCCACCGCCAUCGUCGCAAUCUACCAAGCGAGUCAGUCCAUCUACGACCUAUUUGAUAAGGCAAUUGUGUUCUACGAAGGCCGUCAGAUCUAUUUCGGAAGUGCGGCCAAUGCACGACGCUUCUUCAUCAAGAUGGGAUUCCUUUGCCCGGAUAGACAAACCACCGCGGAUUUCCUCACUUCCCUCACCAGCCCUUCGGAACGCCUUGUUCGCCCUGGAUUUGAAGACUCUGUUCCACACACACCCGAUGAGUUUGCAGAACGCUGGAAGGAAAGUCCGGAGCGUAAGCAACUUCUUGCUGAAAUUGAAAGAAACGAAGCCGGAAGCUCCAGUGGAGAAACAAAGCUUGCGCAAUUUAGUCGCUCUCGUGCAGCAGACAAACCCAGGUUUACCCGUGCAAGCUCCCCAUACACACUUUCAUAUCUGAUGCAAAUUCGCCUGUGUCUUUGGAGAGGAUUCUUGCGGCUUAAGGCAGACAGUGCUAUGACACUUGCCACACUUUGUGGAAAUGUGGGAAUGUCUCUAAUCAUUUCCAGUCUCUUCUAUGACACACCGGACAACACCGACAGCUUCUACAACCGUGGAAGCCUAAUCUUUUUUGCCAUCAUGAUCAGUGCUUUCUCUAGCUCACUGGAAAUCAUGAUCAUGUGGCAGCAGCGGCCGAUCGUGGAAAAACAUCGUAAGUACGCACUAUACCAUCCCUCGGCGGAAGCUAUCAGUGCGUACAUUGUGGAACUUCCAUCAAAGUUCUUGCUAGCAGUUGUUUUCAAUUUAAUCAUCUAUUUCCUACCUCAUCUUCGGCGGGCUCCGGGGAAUUUUUUUAUCUUUUUCCUCUUUUCGGUAACGACAACCCUUGUGAUGUCGAAUAUCUUCCGGUUUAUCGGUGCAAUCUCGCGGUCUGUGGCCCAGGCCAUGCCGCCUGCUUCGGUCUUCAUGCUCAUCCUGGUCAUUUACACCGGGUUUACCAUUCCUGUCCGAGAUAUGCACCCUUGGUUCCGGUGGCUCAACUACAUGAACCCGAUUGCUUACGCCUUCGAGGCGUUGAUGAUCAAUGAAUUCGGCGGACGAUCCUUCCAUUGUUCGAAUUUUGUCCCGGGUAUCUUGGACAUUUACAAGGAUGCGCCUUCCAGUUCCAAAAUCUGUUCACAGAAGGGUGCCGUGGCAGGCCAAGAUUUUAUUGACGGAGAGACAUAUAUCAACACGACUUAUCGAUAUUACAGUCCGCAUCUGUGGCGAAACUUCGGAAUUCUCUGCGCUUUCUUCGUCGGCUUCUUUGUACUGUACGUCUUUUGCAGCGAGCUCAUCCGGGCUAAACCAUCCAAAGGUGAGAUUCUGGUGUACCCGCGCGGUAAGAUUCCUGCAUUUGCGAAGAACUUUCGAAAAGAGGAUCCAGAGGAGGUUAUUGCCUCAGAGAAAGGUGCAGUUGCUAGCGAACCUCGGGACUCAACUGCAGCAAUUGUUCGCCAAACUUCUAUUUUCCACUGGGAGAAUGUAUGCUUUGACAUCAAGAUUGGGGGAGCUACGCGACGUAUCCUGGACAGCGUGGAUGGUUGGGUCAAGCCCGGCACUCUGACAGCCUUGAUGGGUGUUACUGGUGCAGGAAAGACAUCCUUACUUGAUGUGUUGGCCGAUCGUGUCACUAUUGGCGUCAUCUCCGGCGAUAUGCUUAUCGAUGGCCGGCUACGUGACAAUUCUUUUCAGCGGAAGACGGGUUACGUGCAGCAACAAGAUCUGCAUCUGGAGACUAGUACUGUUCGUGAAGCUCUGAUUUUUAGUGCUCUCCUACGCCAGCCUGCCAGCAUUCCUCGCCUGGAAAAGAUCGCAUAUGUGGAAGAAGUCAUUCACAUGCUCUGUAUGGAAGAAUACGCAGAUGCCGUGGUUGGAGUUGUCGGCGAGGGCCUCAAUGUGGAGCAGCGUAAGCGGUUGACUAUCAGCGUGGAGCUGGUAGCCAAACCAGAUUUGCUGUUGUUCUUUGAUGAACCAACUUCGGGUUUGGAUAGUCAAACUGCUUGGUCAAUCUGCACUCUGAUGCGUAACUUGGCCAACCACGGUCAGGCUGUACUGUGUACCAUUCACCAACCUUCGGCAAUGCUGAUGCAGCAGUUUGACCGCCUAUUGUUUCUCGCCAAAGGAGGUCGCACAGUGUACUUUGGCGAGCUCGGCCCGAACAUGGAAACACUGAUCAAAUACUUCGAAGACAAAGGGUCGCUCAAGUGCCCAAAGAACGCAAACCCGGCUGAGUGGAUGCUUGAAGUCAUCGGUGCCGCUCCAGGCUCUCACGCGGAUAGAGACUGGGCUGAACAAUGGACCAACAGUGUUGAGCGCACGGAGGUUCGCAGACAGUUGGCUGAAAUGAAAGAGGAAUUGUCCAAGAAGCCUGUACCCGUGCAGGCUGCAGGGUAUGGUGAAUUCGCCACACCACUCUGGUAUCACUUCCUUCUUUGUACCCAACGCAACUUUCAGCAGUACUGGAGAUCUCCGUCGUAUCUAUACGCCAAGACUCUCACUUGCACUGUCCCGCCACUGUUCAUCGGAUUCACCUUCUGGCAUAUGCCUACCAGUCUUCAAGGACUGCAGAAUCAGAUGUUUGCAAUCUUUAUGUACCUUGUCAUCUUCCCCGGUCUGGUCCAGCAGAUGAUGCCGUCCUUCGCCACGCAGCGUGCUUUGUAUGAGGCACGCGAACGGCCUUCAAAGGUCUACUCGUGGGUGGCAUUUAUGAUUGCCAGUAUUGUUGUGGAGCUGGCAUGGAACAUCAUAAUGUCGGUGCCAGGCUUUUUCAGCUGGUACUAUCCAAUCGGUUUCUAUCGAAACGCAGAGCCUACAAACGCAGUCAUCGAACGGAGUGGCAUCAUGUACGUGCUCAUUCUGCUUUUCAUGAUGUUCACGUCAACUUUCAGCUCCAUGAUUAUUGCUGGGAUUGAACAGCCUGAUACUGCCAGCAACAUUGGUCAGUUCAUGUUCUCGCUUUGCUUGGUCUUCAACGGUGUACUCGCGAAUUCGUCUGGUAUGCCUCGCUUCUGGAUCUUCAUGAAUCGGGUAUCGCCAUUUACCUACUUUGUCUCGUCUGUCCUCUCUACCGGCCUGACUGGAACCUCGGUGGAGUGUUCUAGCAUUGAGUUGCUCACUGUCUCGCCUCCAGAUGGACAGACUUGUGGCAGUUAUCUAGACCCUUACAUCCAUGUUACCCAUGGUACAUUGCUCAAUCCCGAGGCAUCGGUGGACUGCAAGAUCUGUGCAAUGUCGAGAACAGACCAGUUCCUGGCAAAUCUCCACAUGUCUUACUCGGAUGUUCCGCGCAAUAUCGGAUUGCUCUUCGCCUAUGUGGGGUUCAAUAUUAUCGCUGCGCUCUUCUUGUACUGGCUCUGCCGCGUCCCCAAGCGUCAGUCGCGCAAUGCCAAGCAGACCUAA